AUGGGUUUAUCACAGUAUGAUUCAACGACGCCAAGUGCAGCCGUGGGUGAACUGAUUCUUUGCACAGCAUCUCCAAAAAUUGAACAAGAUUUAACUCGUCGUUUAAUACAAUGUAGCAGUAUUCAUAAUGAAGAUCGAGCUCGUUUACCACGUUUUUCCUAUGCACACGAUUCGAUAGAUGGUUUAAAUUCAUGGGAUUCGAUCAAUACAACCUUUCAUCAAGAUCACUAUAGAAAAGUUAUACGACAUUCCGAUUUUCAUUCUGAUUAUGGAAUUUAUUUACCAAGGUAAAUAUUAUUCUUUUCUAUUAUGUGUUCGAUCCGCCUUUUCAUCAAGGAUUUUAUAGCUUUCUUCCUCUGUCAGACAAUUACAAUUUCUAGUAAGAAAACAACUUUUAAUAUGAACUAUGAAAAACUUUCUUUUGUCCUCUCAUUUUAUUUCGUGUUUAAUGUGUUCUUUUCUUC